AUGAGUCAGAAAAAGACUGUCCCACUGAGUCAAAUUGUCGACUACGCAACAAAUGAAAUGCAGCCCAGCCCCAACUUGAAAACUUUUGCCACAUUGUCAGGCAUUGUGAAAAGCAUUCCAGAUGCUAAAAUGGCUCUUAGAAUACAAAUUGUUAAUAAGAUGAAGUCGUACUGCAAUGGGUUUCUUCAUAAAAAGGAAAUGUAUUACACUCUUUGUCUUACUGACUACCUAGUGAAGCAAGCCAAAGAUUUCAGACCACAAGUGGUUAAUUCCGAUUUCCUACAGCUUUUUGAGAGAGCUGCUGAAUUAGAUAAGCUCAAAACCACUGGGUUCAAACCAUCUUUGGUGAAUGAAAAGGCGAUCAAAAUUAUAUUGACAUGGGGACAAUUAUAUCCUGAUGAAUUAUGCGAAUAUACAGUGUUGAGAGAUAAGUACUUAACUGGAGAAUCAUUGCCAGUGUUUGGUAAUGGAGAAUAUAGUCCAACAAAUGAACUUAGUGUCGAGAAGAAGAACGAUACAAUUGAACAGAAGAUACAAAGUUCAUCAGCUGAAUUGAAGGAGUGCUCGAAACUCAUUACAGAGACAAUCGAAAAGGAUGUUGGGUCAAUACAAAUACAGUCACUCAAAGCAUUAUAUAAGAGAGCAGUGUUACUCAACAGCCAAUUCAAUACACUUCUCGUCACACUUUCUAACACAUCGAAUGACGUGGAACUGCUUCAGAAAUACACACAAGUCGAAAAUGAGUUCACGUCGAUGCUCUCGAAGCUCAUCAACACCGUCAAAUUACCAAGUGAGACUUCCUUGUAUCGUACAUACACUACUGGACAUUUGGUUGAAGGAGAAGACGAGCAAGAGACUCACUACAAAACAAAUAACAAAGAGAGUUCGAUAUUUAACGACACAACACCUAUCAACCCACAAGACGUCCAACAAUUGGAGCUGAAACGAACAGCCAAAAAGUCCGAACCACUCAAGCUAACGAUUUUGGAACAACCAGAAACAUGCGAUGACCUAACAGAGAAGUGCGUAGUUCAACUCAAAGCCGAUGCCGAUCUUUCAGACUCUGGAAGUGUGAAUGAAAAAAAUACGUUGCUCAAAAAGAGAGGCGCUUCCAAGCACAUGCCCCGUGUUUCAAAAGAUGUUUGA